GGUUGUUUGGCUAGUGUGGAUCUAGUGAUAGGGUCAAAUGGCACCCGCUGAGACAAAUGUUAUCUGAAAGGGUGCACACUGUAUACUCUGGGGCAAUUUCUGUGGAGCAGCACAAGAGGGCAUGACGAACAUUGUAAUAAUAGUAAUGCCUGGAAUAGGAACUAAUGAGAGGGAUGGGGGUGGGUGGACAAAUACCAUAGAAGAAAGUACAAAUGAGCACGGCCAUUAAGACGUGCUGGUCAGGUAUAAAUAUCGGGGACCACAGGGAGAAAGUGCAUCAGUGGAAGAGAGGGAACACAGAGAGCCAGAGGAGGGGAAGAGGGGACAGGAAAACAAUUUGAGGAAGAGGGUGAUUUAAAGGAAGAGGAGCAGAGGGAAAAGAACGGAAAGAAAAUACAAGAACGGAGGAUUUUUUAUACGACAUAGGGAAAACUUCAUACUAGAAAUGGCAAAUACUGCAGGAGGAGUACUCUUGACUUUACUCAUGUUCCUGAGUGCUAGUGUGCGAUGUCUUGCGUAUAAUAGCGGGGAGUGCUACUUCAACACCAAAGGGAGCUGUGAAUACAUGGGAGCGGUGUACGGGAUCGGAGAGACCUGGGAAACCGGUGACUGUUACCAGUGUGUCUGCAUGGAGCCUUUCGGGGUCGGAUGCUGUGACCAGGGGGCUAAACCUGUUGACUAUCCAGACUGGUGUGAGAUCAUCCGUAAACCUGACUCUUGCACUAGUGUUGCAGUGAUGAGAGCCAAUCAUAAACUACCAUGUCUCUGGGGACGUGGACGUCUCAGACCAGCUGCAGGUCGACCGUGGAAAUCAGACAAUGAUCCUUUAUUUUGAGUUGAGCAAUUGAUGCAGAAAAAGCAAUAAAGCAACGCAUGAUAUUUAUUUUUCAUUGAAUUUUAUCUGCAAAGGAUUGCUUAAACAACUAAAUAUCACUAUCAUUAUGUAAUUUCAUUCUUUAAGAAAAUGUCUAUUUAAAUGUCUGAUUUAUUUAUGGUUUAUG